AUGAAAAGAGAGGAAGAACCGGAGAAAAACAUAAACAAAGACCAACAGCAAGCAACCACCCACAGCAGCCAAAUAUUGAAAGAAAAGAGAGGAGAGAAACUAACCGAGGAAAUCGUAGUCAUCGGAGCCUCCUUGCGUCGUCGGAAAGCCGAAAGUCGAAGACAUAUAUUGAGGAAUCUCAAGCAUCAUAAGGACGAAGAUGUUAAAAAGGGUCAAGCAGUGAAGAACCAGAAGGCUCUCUGGGAUAAAACGCUCGAGUUCAGGUUCUUGCUUCAGAAAGCCUUCUCCUGUUCAAAUAGACUACCACAGGAUCCAGUCAGGUCUUCAUUUUGUGCAUCAGAUGAAGAAGUCAAUGCUGCAUAUUCAGACCUUAUUACUCCAUCAAAGAAGAAUUUAGAUUCUUUAUUGGAACUGCAAGAGGCUUUGCUGGAUAAAAAUCCAUUAAUUGCUCAAUCUUCAGAGGGUGAUGGUGGUCAAUCAUCUAUGAAACUUUCUGGAGAUUAUAAGAACUUGGACAUGGAAGACGACGAAGAGUGGCUACGGAUUUCUCAGAUGAAUAAGAGAAUAGCCACUUUCAGAGAUAAAGCAGUUGACAAAUGGCAGAGAAAGACAGAAGUCACAACUGGUGCUGCUGUAAUAAAAAACAAAUUGCAAGCUUUUAAUCAGAAUAUCAGCGAACAAGUGGCAGCCUAUAUGAGGGAUCCAACUAGAAUGAUAAAGCAAAUGCAACAAAGACGGCCCACAAUUGGCAUAUUUGGAGAUGUUACCGUGCCCAAUUGUAAUGCUAAUGGAGAGGAAGCACAUCCCGAAGGUGAUCCUGAACUUCUGGAUGAUUCUGAAUUUUACCAGCAGUUGCUGAAGGAAUUUUUUGAGACCGUUGACCCAACAUCAUCUGAGACAGCCUUCUAUGCCUUGAAAAGACUGCAAACUAAGAAGAGAAAAAUAGUUGAUCGUCGUGCAUCAAAGAGUCGAAAGAUCAGGUACCAUGUCCAAGAGAAGAUAGUAAACUUCAUGGCACCUGAGCCCAUGAAACUUCCUCCCAUGGCUCCAAAGUUAUUUGAGAACUUGUUUGGACUGAAAACCCAAUAGCCUAUGUUGAAAUCUGA